AUGCCGACCACCCACGUCUCUCCCGAGUCCCAGGACGACUUGAAAGAUAUCGCAAAUGGGCUACUCAAGGCGCGCAAGGUCAUAAUCGUGACUGGUGCUGGUAUCAGCACGAAUUCGGGCAUUCCUGACUUUCGUUCCGAGAACGGUCUUUACUCGUUAAUCAGUACGCAACUUGACGCGGCACAGCGGGCGCGUCUGCAGGAAAACACAGCCGACGACGAACCAUCCGACUCCGACUCUCGACCAGCACCCAAGAGAAGGAAAAUACUGCGCAAUGACUCUCAAAAACCUGAAGAGGACUUGGGCGAAUUAAGGGACGAGAUCGAAGUUCAACUUGAAGAUCCUGACCCGGUAGAAGAGGAGGUCGCGGAUACUAUCCAGGUCGAGGGCCAUCCUGAAGACGAAGAGCGACCAGAAGACCCAGAUGCGAUGCCUGUGGUAAAUCCUAGGACAACACGCUCGACCAUAGCUGUGGCUCAGCCGCCAACUUCUCCGCUAUCCUCACCUCCACCUGAAGAUUUUCGCAUUACACCACCCUCUGCUUUUAGAAGAGUACGAAGGAGUCACCUGCACGAUUCAGAUAUUCCGCCGAGUUCGUCGCCUCUAUCAUCACCUCCCCCAGUUCUAUUUGAGCCGUUCUCAUCUCACGCGUCAGAGGAAGAUGGACCAGGCAGCCGCAGCAGCACAUCGCCAUCCGAAGUUGACGACACCCCACCUUCACUCCCACCAAGCUUAUCGCAAUCAAAUCUUGGCACGGGAAAGAAUACACUACCCAACAUGAAGGGGAAGGAUAUGUUUGACGCAUCAAUAUGGGCAGACCCUCUGAGAACAUCCGUGUUUUAUACAUUUGCAACGACUCUGCGUCAAAAGGUCAGAGACGUUGAACCUACGAGCUCACAUCGAUUCAUCAGCCAUCUAAGAGAUCGCGGGAAGCUUGUCCGUUGUUAUACUCAAAAUAUUGAUCAAAUAGAGGAAAAGGUUGGCCUUUCGACAUGUCUCACCGAUGGACCUGGUAGCCGUGGCCGCUUCUCUCGAAAAUCAACCGCCAAUCUGAACCAACUGAACAGAAUGGUCGAUGAGGUUAACGCCAUGACCGAGGCCAAUUCAGACAAGUCACAGCAAUCAUCAGACAAUGAGGCCAGCCAACAGUCGCAAUCAAGCCAAUCGAAACAAGAUAUCGUGAUAGCUUCUCAAGCCGAGUCGGAUUUGGGCGCACCGGAAGAUGCUAUGGCCGUAGUGCAGAACCUCCGUCGUGACCUUCCAAAGUCAGGCGUUGAAUGCGUUUUCCUCCACGGUUCACUGGAGCUUCUCCGGUGUUUCCUGUGUGGCCGCGUAUGUUCUUGGGAUGAUGAAGGACGCCAGCUGGAAACAAUGUCAGGCAAACAACCUGAGUGUCCCCACUGUGUCGGCGCUACCGUCGCUCGUGAAGAGCGUGGGAAAAGAGCUUUGGGCGUUGGCAAGUUGAGGCCUGAUAUUGUGCUCUAUGGUGAAGAACAUCCCAAUGCACAUCUGAUCAGUCCGAUUGUCACGCACGACUUGGCCCUUUGCCCAGAUUUGCUACUCAUUCUCGGUACCAGCUUACGAGUCCACGGCCUGAAAGUAAUGGUCAGGGAGUUUGCGAAGGCAGUGCAUGCCAAAGGCGGAAAGGUGGUGUUUGUCAACUACACCAAGCCUCCCGAGAGUUCAUGGGGUGAUGUUAUCGACUACUGGGUCGAAUGGGAUUGUGAUGCUUGGGUAUCAGACUUGCAAGAAAAGAUACCCAAGUUAUGGCAAACUCCAGAUCCUCCCAAGCUCAAAAAGAAGCGCGACUCAGGUGGCGUAGGCGAAGAAGGCGAAAAGAUGGAUGCUAAACGUUGUACCGCGGCCAACCCAACUGCUUGUCGCGACACAAAGGCCACAGGGGCCUAUUGGGUUGCCAAGAUAAUGCAAAAUCUACACAGAAUAACCGGGCAUGGUCCUCUCGAUCCCAGAGAGAUAGUAACACCGGUCAUCAUGGCUGCACCCAUCGAGACACCUCCGGCUCCUGCUGAACAAUUGGAGCCACCACCGAGCAAACCGGUCGCGAUCCAGAGGAGGGCUAGACGAUCUCGGAGGUCUGCGCCGGGUGCUUUGGAAAAAACCAAGAAACCUCCAUCCACGUUGAACCCCAACCAUGGCCGGACGCUUCGCAGCACUGAAACUGCUGAACCCUCGAAGAUUGAGGAAACUGAAAUACCCUUUAGCCAUAUUUUAAGGCCCGAAAAAUUCCUCAGGGAGAGCUCGAUCAUUGACUCAGUCAAGGGGCGAGUUCGGAAGCGCAGAAGGAUUGACGGCGAAGAAGUCGAACUACCCUCCGUUGGUAGACGUCAUUCAAAUCAGAAAGCUACAGAGGUUGAUGGCUCACUCCGAUUACCUCCAUUAAACCCACAACCACCAACUCCCCAUACUAGUCCGCCUUUUGAACGUUUGGUACCAAUGGAGCCGCCUCAUUGUGAGACUCCUCCAAAGUACUACAUGAACGCACAGCUGCAACCCGUCUCGCCAGUGGCUGCGCCUAAUCCAGGACCGCUGAAACAAAUUUCUCAUAACACGAGUAGACGUGUUACGCGCAGUCAAAGGUCUUCGAUGGGCUUGGAAGAGCCUCCCGCGCCGUUUGUGGCCGGAUUUCCUCCAGAAAGUCCUGAAGCCAAACUUGCGCCCGGAAGAGUCCGAUACGCUCGCGGCCCUGUCUAUGCUGAAGAAUGGCCCGGCGCGUGA